AUGUCGUCCAGCGUCACUGACCCCACCAAUGCCCAGAACACUGCAUCUGAUGCAGUCGCCGCGUCGACAGUCGACAAGGGCAAGGGGAAGUCCACUGAGAUUGCUGACGAGUCCAUGGAGAGCGUAGAUGAUGAAGAGGAGGAAGAUGAUGACGACGACGACGAUGAGGUUGAAGAAGACGACGACGAAGAGGAGGAAACCUUUGAAGAGAUUGACCCCAGCGCUAUUCUCCCUACUGGCCGCCGAACCCGUGGUGUUCGCGUCGACUAUACUUCCAAGGAGGCCCUUGCCAAGGCUGGUCUCACUGGCAAUGAACACGACGAGGACGACGAUGGCGACACCGAGAUGAACUGA